AUGUCUCCUCACCACGAAAAGCGCCGCCAGCCAUCUAAUGGCUAUGGAAAUGGAAAUGGAAAUGGACACCCGCGGCGAAGCCAGCCGCGCCAACCACGCGAUAGACAUCUAAACCCGUUAGAAAAACAUCUUGUCGCUGCGACGGGCGAAUUCGUCAGGACCUUCUUUUUCCUUUUCUUUGGAUAUGCGGGCCACCUCAUGGUGCUCGACCAAGGGGCAGCAACAUCAGGCGCUUCGAAGGUGAUUUACAUCUCGCUUGACUAUGGCUUCUCACUUCUCGUUACCGUUUGGGCCUUCUACAGGAUUAGCGGAGGAUUGUUCAACCCUGCGGUACGUGUAGAGCUUGAAGAUAAAAACCUUCCUUCGUCAGCAGCCUUUUUGAUCCCGACACAGCUAAUCGCAUGCAUGUGUGCGGGUGCUAUGGUAAAAGUCAUGUUUCCAGGUGACAUUGCAUCAGUGAACACGACUUUGGCUCCCGGAAUGAACUUGGCCCAGGGAGUUUUCGCUGAGAUGUUCUUCACCUCGUACCUAGUCUUCGUGAUCCUCAUGGUCGCAGUCGAAAAGCCUAAGGACACGUACCUAGCGCCAUUGGGCAUCGGAUCAGCACUCUUCGUCGCUGAAAUCCCUGGCGUUUUCUACACCGGUGGCUCACUCAACCCGGCACGCAGUCUCGGGUGUGCCGUUGCUGCGCCAAGUUUCCCAGGGUACCACUGGAUCUACUGGGUUGGUCCUCUCCUGGGUGCUUUAAUCGCAGCCGGGUACUACCGGUUCGUGAAGAUCUGCCAUUACGAAGAGGCAAACCCUGGGCAAGAUGACGCAACUGCCCCUCCGGAGGUGUAA